AUGGCCGAUUCUGACUCCGACACUGACUUCCCCAUACUCCAGGACAUCCAGCCAACAAUACGUCAACUCCGCCAGAGGCAGACCAUGCUGAAGACAUGUCUUCACGCUACACAAGAGCUCACCAGCAUGGAGAUCUUGCAAGCUGAAGUUAAUAUUAUGGUCGACUCACCGAAUUUGGAUGGUGAACCACCUAUAGAAGAGCCUGGAACCUGGCGCGACGUAACAGCUGAGUGUCGGAUCGACCUAGUGCCAUUCUCUUUGAUGUUCUUCGCACAUAGAGCGGAUCGAAGAUUCGCACCAAUUCUUUAUCGUGGCUUGAAAGUGAUUCCCGUGAAGUCUGCUCAUGAAGUCGAGCUGGCUCAAACUGUGUUACCAACAGUGAAAAGACCUAGUGAUGCUGUUGAAAUGAUCAGAAACUACGCUACGGCGUACAGGUCUCGACGCGCUUCCUUAUCUCGACUCGUCGACAAGUUCGGGGAACAACUCCAUAUGGAGCCAUUGCCCUCUGGCGGUUACGUCUUAAAAUGCGCAGACCUGAUCGAAAUCCAGUGGACUUUGCAGAACAAAUGGUCCCCCCUGGCCAUGUUCCAUCACCGCAUGAAGUUUGACGUCGAAUAUAUGGCCGAAAACUACAUAAAAGUAAUAACAGGGCUACACAGGCAAUUGUCGGACCCUGAACUCGAGACGGACGAGCGCACGAUGCUGCUUGCCAAGAUAUUCAGCACUUGCUUGGAGGCGCAAGGUCCCACCAGAGAGCUACACGAAAGUAUGUCCUCAGAUCCUGAAUCGGCCAACAGACUAAUGUCUCGACGCACCACACUGGACAAAGAACCUGAAGUAGCCAUCAUGAAGCUUAAAGAUGAUCUAAUGGCCCCGCCAAGAACGGCCCCAAAGAGAAAGGACAGAAAAACUUUUGGUAAAAAAUCUGGAGAUAGUAGGAAAAAAUCUGAUGAACAUAGCAAAAGGUUGGAGGCUGAUGGUGUAACAGAGAAAAAUAGUAAGAAUAUGGAAGAUGGUAGUGAAAAGUCAAAUGGAUUCGGAAAGAAAACGGAUUCUGGUAAAAUCCGCAAAACAUCAGACUACAUUGUUAAAAACAUAGACAACAAUAAUAAAAAAUCAGGAAAUAAUACCAAAAAAGCUAAUGAAGUUAACAAAAAUAUUAAUAAUGUUAACAAUCCUCCAAAUGAUGACAAUAAUUCAGAUAAUAUAAUAGAGAAUAUCAUUGAUGAUAGAGGUAAAGUAAAAAAUGUUAUUGGAGAAGCAAAUAGUGAACUGGGGAAUACAAAGGGUAAAGUAAAAAAUGUCACUGGAAAUGGUGGUAAAAAGCUUUCGAAUAAUGGCAACACUAAGACUGGUAAAGUAAAAAAUAUGACUGGAGAUAGUGGUAAAAAGCUUUCGAAUAAUGACAACACUAAGACUGGUAAAGAUAAAAAUGUUGAGAAUGCUAGCAAUAAAGAUGGUGCGGAAAUGGCAGGUCGUGGUGAAAAAAUGUUUAAUGAUCGUAAAAUUAUUGGUAGUAAAAAGGCGGUUAAAAGACCUAGUAAUACUGAUAAUGAUAGUAAUUCUAAAAAAUCUAAAUACGUUUCAGAACAGAACAACCAGCCUAGUUUAAACGUCAAACAAACUGAAACAAACAUUAUUGUUAAAAAAUCCGUUACAAAGUCAACUGAAAAAAACAUUGCCAGCGCAAAAAGUAAAAAGGCUACAAGUGCGAAGAAAGAGAGCAACACUAAUAUCAAAAAAGUUGUAGAGAAAAAAGAUAGCCACACUGAAAUUGAACAUGGUAAUAUUGGAACUAUAGAUAUUAAAAAAAUGAAUGAAGAAUCAAAACUUGUUAAGAAAGUUAUUAAGAAGAAUAUUGCCAACACUAUUAUUGAAAAUGGUGAAAAAGUGAAUGGUGUUGCUACAUCGAAAGACAACGUUGAAGUAGAAAAAAUUGUAAACAAAGUUGUUUCGAAUAAAACAAAAGCACAGGCCGACAAAAAAACUGAAAAAGUUACUAAUAAUAAAAAUACGCAGAAAGCGAAAGAAUCUAUCGUAGAUAAAAAGGUUGCCAAUGUGAAAAAUGUUACUAAACAACAAAUCAUUUCCAAAAUGGCCAGUGAUAAUAAUACGAAAAAGAAUGUUGCUUCUACAAAUAAAACGGCAACAAAACCAAAUAUCACUAAGAAUCCUUUACAAAUUUCUAAUAAACUCAAAACUAGCAACACUACGACCAAGAACACGAAGCCUGGUAACAUUGAAAAGGAAAAUAUUCAGAAUAAAAUGAUAUCAAAAAUACCCCAGAAGAAUCCCGCCUUGAGUGCUCUGAAGAACAACCCUUUAAGAAUGAGUCCCAGGCGACUAACAACCAGUACUAAACUAUCGAACCUGGUAUCUGGAGCAGCCAUGCCUUUACAGAAAACAAUACAGAAAUCCACCAACAUACCACGUUUGGCCACAAAGCCAACUACAUAAGCUUGUAUUUUCGUAAAAUAGCACGCCCCACUACGGGCAUGAGUCGCUAGUUAAGCAUAGUUCUUGUAUCAUUGAUUUUAGAGCAUAGGUUCCCAAACUUUGUUGUUUACUGUCCACUUUAGGCAAGAUAAAAAAAUUUCAAUGCCCGCCCACAAAAAAAAAAUUGAAAACACAAUGCAAGGAUCAGUGGAAAAGAAAUCCCGUCUUGUCGAGAGUCCACGGUUAGUCAUUUCAAUUUGACACUUAAGGCAGUUAACGAUUGGGGCGAUGCCAAUCUUGUCAAAUUUAAUGCUAACCAAAACGCAGGCGUGUCUCCACAAAACGGAGUCCCUUUCACCUGACUCCGACUUUUCGUGAUAUAUACCGAUAACCGACCGUCUCCAGCUACUUGGAAUGUAUCUGUCGUCAAUCUGAACUUCGGCAGAUAUAUUGAAUUCAUGGCCAAUAAUGCAGCCAGGAAUCUCAGCAUCCUUUCCAAGUUGAGGCAUUACUUCACACCGGGACAGUUGCUUCAGCUGUACCAAGCACAACUCCGGUCGUGUAUGGAGUACUGCUUCCACUUAUGGGAUGGCUCUGCUAAAUACCAACUGGCCACCUUAGAUUCAAUUGACCAGCGUAGCUAGAAGCUUAUAAGUGACUCGGAAUUAGUAAAGGCGAAACUGCAGAGCCUUUAACACCGCCGUCAAGUUGCCUGCUUAUAGGUAUUUUACAGGAUAUAUCACAGAGAGUAUGCGAUGGAAUUACACGACUUAAUUCCGCCUUCCCCUUUCCAUCAUCGGGGGACUAGGCGUAAGCUUGGAUUGCUCACGUAUUUUGCGCAUUUAUUCGCACUUAUUUUGAAUAAAAAAAAAAAUGACGCAAAAAAUCACAAGAAAAAAAAAAUUAUGUGGUGUAGUUGCUAUAGAUAAUUCAGUUUUUUUUUCCAAAUGCGAUAGCACCCACCGGACAGCGUCGACGUCUCCCUAAUAACUUCCUAGGCCUCUAUCACCCCCUAGGUCAGUUCAGCGACCACUGGGUAGCGGUAGAGACCACUUUGGGAAACUAUACUUUAAAGAGUAAUUUUAAUUAAUUAUGUUUGUUUUCCACUGGUCGCUUACUGUUACUAUAUGAAACUUACACGACCCGCUGCUGGGCACGGGUUUUCUAUGCUAUAUAAUAAUGAAUUCAAUUGAAAUCAUGUACUUGUAAUAUUAAGUAUAUUGAUUGUCACGAUAUUUUACCAUCCUGAUAUUCAAUUAUUUUUUGUGAAAUUAGAAUAGAAUAGACAUUUAUUGCAACGCCACAACACAGAUACAAAAGAAAUUGGUAACACAGAUAACCUAAACAAAAGUAUUAAUGAAAGAAAAAUACAAUAAAAAAAACAACAACAUAAG